UCAUUCAAAAUAAAAACAGCAAGAGGUGUCAGCGAUGCAAGGCAAUGGCAAAGCCAAGAAGAUCAAAGAUGAUGUCUUUGAAACUCCCUUUCCUGUUGACCUUGUUCCUCGCACUCUCCCAAGCUCAACCGCAUUCCGAUGAUCCACCGCCGCCACCCUCCUCCAACGUCUGCGUCAUCGGCGCUGGCAUCGGUGGCUCCUCCGUCGCUCACUUCCUCCGCAAAUACUCGCCGUCCUCCACUCCCUCCACCAAAAUCCGAGUGUUCGAGCGCAACGGCCGCGUCGGGGGACGCAUCGCCACCGUGACGGUGGCGGGCGAGACCUUCGAGGCCGGAGCGUCCAUUCUCCAUCCAAAGAACCUGCACACAGUGGAUUACGUUAAGAUCCUGAAGCUGAAGGUCAAAGAGCCGACCGCGUCGGAGGAUUCCCUCUCUCUCGGCAUUUGGGAUGGGAACAAGUUCGUUUUCAAAACGGUGUCGCCGCUUAGUUCCACUGUUCCCCUCAUCGAUAAGCUUCUCAAACUUCCGUUUGUUAAUACUCUCGUAUCGUUCGUUAAUUCCGCACUCAUGUUCGUUCGCUACGGCUUCUCGCUCUUUAAGAUGCAGAACUUCGUUGAGAUUGCUGUGGAUAAAUUCGUAAAGUACUAUGAAGAUCCUGGUUCAAGACCUAUUUUUGAGACUGUGGAUGAGAUGCUGCAGUGGGCUGGUCUGUAUAAUCUUACUACCAGGACUUUGCGGGAUGAAUUGGUGGAUGCUGGGUUGUCUACCUCGUUGAUCAAUGAACUUGUUACUGUCAUCACACGCAUUAAUUAUGGCCAGAGUGUCUCCAUGAGUGGGUUGGGUGGUGUGGUUUCUCUAGCAGGAUCAGGUGGAGGAUUAUGGUCCAUCGAAGGAGGCAACUGGCAAAUGGCUGCUGGACUGAUUAAUCAGUCAGAUGUGGCAUUACACCUGCAUGAAGAAAUAAAAUCUGUUGCUGACCUUGGAGAUUACUACGAACUCAACUCAACAAAAGGAAACAGUUACAGAUGUGAAGUUGCUGUGGUUGCUACACCACUGGAUGAGUUAGAUAUUCAAUUUAUUCCUCCAAUUUCAAUUCCUGAGAGAAAAUUACAGCACACAUUUACAACUUUUGUCAGGGGCCUUCUAAACCCUGCAUAUUUUGGUCUGAAGGCUGUGACAAAAAUUCCAGAUCUUGUGGGCACAAUAGAGGACCCUGAGCUUCCAUUUUCAUGCAUUGCAGUUCUCAAGAAGCACAAUGAAAAAGAAUCUACUUAUAAAUUAUUUUCUCGUCAACCAAUGGCAGACACAUUACUGGAUAGCAUCUUCAGUGUGAGGAAGGAGACCAUUCGGAUAAACUGGGCUGCAUAUCCUCAUUACCACGCCCCAGAAGUAUUUGCACCAUUUAUAUUGGACGGGCGACAUCUAUACUACGUUAAUGCAUUUGAAAAUGCAGCUAGCACCAUGGAGACAAGUGCUGUGGCAGCUGAGAAUAUUGCCCGACUCAUACUGUCAAGAUAUUUUGGCCAAGUAAUUGUGCAUUCAUCUAAUUUGUCUGCAAGUUCUCAAGGAGAGGGUACUCAUUUAGAUUUGUGAGACAGUGAUCGUAAGAUAUUGUUAGUUUGGAUGAUGGUAGAUUUUAUAUAAAUUGCAUCUGAAUUCUGAAAAUUUGGAAAAUCAUACAAUGUAUAAACACUGGGUCAAUAAAUGAUUACUCUCUCCACCCAUAAAGCCGAUACAUUGCCUGUUUAUAAAAAAGAAUGUUGCGAGAGGUAAAACUGAUAAUGUUUAUACUUUGAAGGGAUUAGCCUCUCACUGUUGACUAGAGAUACCCUUGAUGCAUACGACAUAUAGACAAAAAAGCCCUCUCCCUUGUAUUUUAUUAUUCUAUAUUCUAUUAAUGGACAGUGUGUGUGAAAUGUGAAUGUUAAGAUUGCAAUUUCUAA